AUGCUACAACUCAAUGAGGUUAGCUACUCAGAGAGUGCCUCGGUCACCGCUAUUAGUGACUUCUUCAAAUUUCUCACGAGGAUGUAUCUCGACGAAGAGACCGUGGAGUGGCCACCCGAAGGAGGGUGGCCUACAACAACUAGGAAUGCUUUCGGAAGCAUGGAUAAAUCAGACCGAGUUAUCUCUCUAUUGCGCCAACUUCCUUACAUGCGGGACUUGCGCCAACUUCCUUACAUGCGGGACGACUCAGAUGGGGUGCAGCGUCCGCAGGGUCUUCCCGAGGCAACAUUCUGGAACUGGAAGGACAAUGUGAAGGACGACGAACCUCUGGAUCCUAAGCAAGUAAAGGAGGUAAAAAUUCUUACAGAGGAUUUUCUGUGCGAGACUACUACACCGGACAUCAUCGGGCUGCUAGAGGGUGGCCGAGACGAUAAUACCGUCAUCCUACUUGACACCCGAUAUGGGAUCGCCUACUGGCCAGAGUGUCCCAGCGAGAUCAGAGAUGAGACGGGCCAGGAACAGAUUCAAGACGAUUCUGACGCUUGGGCUUCUCAGGAGGAGGCUGAUUGGCGUUGCGAUGCGCCGGCUUGGACUAUUCCAGACUUUUUUGCAAUGCUCCAGGAACAAUUCGAGCAGCUUCGUUUCAUACCAGUCAAUUCCAGGCAGGUGGUUAACUCGUGGAGUGGAUACUCCGACGAUGGCGAGAUGGAGACCAUGUUGCAGGGGAUAUACCGGAAGCAUGGAUGGCCCGAUCUUGAGAAUUACAGGAAAGAAGAAUGCAUCCAGGCCGUGAAGCAGGCCUUGGCAGAGCAAUACCCUGACUUUGACCUGUAUUAA